AUGGAGCUCAAGUUCAAACUGAAGGAGACACCAAGGCUGGAGCCUCGUCGACCCCAACAGACUUCCAAACCAUCCAGCUUAGCAUUCAUAAAUGUCGGCAACCCAACACAGUCCAAAGAUAAGGCAACACUACGCAAAGUCCGUCGCCAUGUAAUGAAAGAUAUCGGAAGAUCAAGAAGAUCAGGUCAACCCCAGGAACAGGAUCUGGCCGAAACAAAGCCGAUGGACCAAUUCGUGCCUAUGCCGACCCAUUGGGGGGAUGUGCAAGUUUGCGUGAGCUUCAAGCAGUUGAUUCAGGCCAUGGACAUGGUCUCUGAAGGAGUGGUAUCUUUAGCAGUGGUCGAUCCGACACUCAGGUCUUGGCAAAAGAUUAGUCAGAGAGCUGACGACCCUCCGUCUUUGAGGGAGAUUCAGAAGUAUACCGAGUCUCUCAGCCUCGUGCGCAGGUCUAUUCUUCCAAGAAAUCAAACUAGUCAGGACGGGGUCAUUGGAACCAUUAUAUGUCUAGCAGUCUUUGAUGCAAGAGUCGACAAUCUAGAUUCAUGGAAGAUGCAUAUGUUGGGUCUACAAAGACUGCUUAGCCCGAUUGGUGGAUUCCACUUUCUGCAAACUCAUGCCUCUCUACGUCUAUCUCUACUUCUUGCCGAUGUUUUGGGCUCGUUAAAGCAAGAUACCGUGCCGAUAUUUCCUUUACUUGAUCCUUACCCAAAGCCAAAAACACUUACGUCACCAGUCAUCACCAGGAUACUGGCGUCUCUCGAGGAACUUGACCCAGUUAAUCGAACGCCAAUUACUGUCAUCAGCGAUGCUCUCUCUCUUGUAGCCUCGCUUGACGAGGUCCUAAGAAGACAAUUUACAGAUGAUGCCACGGUUUCAGACCUCAUCUUGCCUCUUUGCACCAUCGAUCAUCAAGUACUCUCAUUGCAGAGGUGGGACUUUGUCAUGGGAGAGGGCACCGCACCUAGUCUCUGGGCGUUAGCAGAGUUGGUGCGCACUGCAGCCAUCUCGAUAGUGGCGAUGGUAGUAUCGCAGACUUCUGGUGAUGUGGCGUACAUAAUGGGGCGUCGGGAGAGCCCAUUUCGGUACCUCAUGUCACAAAUCGAUGACGGUUUCUGGGUUGGAAAAUUGGAGGUCAAGUUGUGGGCGCUGGUAGUCCAACUCUGCAUGUCAGCGGGCUUUUCAAGGUUUUGGUACUUGGAUCGGAUUAUUUACACGAUGGAACUGAUGGGUCUGAGAUCAUGGGAUGAGUUGAUGACUUGUUUACGACAGGUUGUGUGGAUUGAGGAUAUUGCCCCGUUGGAAAUGAGACAACUUCAGUUGGACAUUGGGAAGCUAUCAUCAUAG